AAGUGUCUCCCCAACAAGGAAAUAUUACAAUUUGGUAUGGCACAAGCUAUUUCACACCCAUCGUCGGAGUUGUGAAGGAUGAGGGUGCUAAAGAAGAUGAUGACAGUAUAGUAGAGAAAAGCAAAAAUGAAGCUAUAACAGAAUCGCCUUCACUGGGUAAAAGAGAACGAGUUGUUGAUAUUUCGACUAUAGAGGUGCAUAAGAGAGCUCGUUUGGAGACCGAUUUAAAAUUAACUAGUUUUCCGGUAGAGUCAAAAUCAAAUAAUGAUCCGGAAGAUGCUUUAUCGCCUUACGGCGACGAAGUGGACUACGGGCCUACACCUUCACCACCUGAAGCUCUUGAAAAUAAUGAUAUGGAUGUACCACUUGACGAGAAUGUCGGUAUUCGCUUAGAUAGUGGCACAGGAGAUUCCCAAAGCGAGAUACCUAUUGUAGCCAAGUCAUUUUUGAUCGAUCGCAUAAUGGAUACUAUUAAGACAUUCAAUCGUCGCAAAUUUAGAUCAGCUCGAGAAGAAGUGUCAAAAUAUUGCCAAUGCUUAUCUUCACUUGGAAUUGAUAUAUCUGAAUUGGAAAGGCGUAUAAAAUCUAUAUUUGACCAUGCAGAGACCAUUGAAGAACUAGAAUCAAGUCCAAAUUUUAUUUCAGCUGUUCGACUCAUGAAUGCUGAUGAGAAUCUGGCACUAAGAAAAAGAAAACUUGCUUCCCACAUCAGUACAAAGAGUUUUCUCUUUCAAGUUACUGGAAGUGUCUCUUUAGAGCUUCAACAAACCAGAGAGAAAAUAAAAGAACUAGAAGAUAGUAUAUUGCAUUUGAAAAGUACAGAAGCGGAAUUGACACUUAGACUUGAAGUGGCUGAUGACUCCUUAAAGAAACUAAUACCGACCAAAGAAGAACUGCAAAAGGAUGUCGUUGAUGCAGAAAAGGAGUAUGCUGCAGCUAUUGAAGGUUGUAAUGAUUCUAAAGAAUCCACUGGUCUUCGAGAAUUAAUAGAACUGUUUGAGGAGCGUCGUCAAAUAUUUGAAAUUUGACUUCUUCUUUUCUUCUCUUUGUUAUUUUUGUUUGUCAUGAAUGUUAU